AUGCUUAGAGCAAGUUACGCUUCCAAGUUCAAUUUAGGCGCCCCGUCCCCUAGUCGCGCGCCCUGUCCCGUUGUCGCGCCGCCCUCCCCCGCCCCCACCUCGUCGCGCGCCCUACUCACCGCCGUGUUGCGCGCCCUGCCCGUCGUCGACGUGCGCGGCCUCCCCGCCGUCAACGCGCGCGCGCGUCUUGCCCACCGCCCUCCAUCUCCCCGGCCACCCUUCCCUCCUCCCGGCCACCCUUCCUUACCCUCUCGUGGGCGGCCUACCUCACCUCCCUGCAGGCGCCUUCCCCUCCCCCCCGUGUUGGUAGCUGUCCCUGUUUCGUCGCCUUCCACACCUUUCCUCCUCCUCGUAUUUCUCCCCUCAGUGGCGCAACAGCGGAAUACUUCGCUGCUAUCCCUCCUCCUCGUAUUUCUCCCCUCAGCGGCGCAGCAGCAGACCACUUCGCCGCUAUCCCUCCUCCUCGUAUUUCUCCCCUCAGCGGCACAGCAGCAGACUACUCCCCCCCCUAUCCCUCCUCCUCGUAUUUCUCCCCUCAGCAGCGCAGCAGCAGACUACUUCGCCGCUAUCCCUCCUCCUCGUAUUUCUCCCCUCAGUGGCACAGCAGCAGACUACCCCGCCGUUUUCCCUCCUCCUCUUAUGUCUCCCCUCAGCGGCGCAGCAGAAGACUACUUCGUCGUUAUCCCUCCUCCUCUUAUUUCUCCCCUCAAUGGCUCAGCAGCUGACUACAUCACUCCUAUUCCUCCUCCUCUUUUCUCUCCCCAAAACUGCUUGAUUACUAUCCCCUCCCCCAUAUGGGGCCUCUUCUCGCUCUUACCUCUCUUCCUCUGA